CCCUUCGGCCCGGCUGGGUUCAGAAAUGGAAGCCGAGUUUGAACGAUGUGGUUAUUGCAUCUUAUUUCCCGUCUGAGGAAGCUGGUAUUUGUGUUUGCGCUUCUGCGAGUGCAUGUUCGUUGUGUGUGUAAGAACUGCAAGGGUUGAUUGCGUCUGUGGUGAAUACUGGGUUUGGGAGGUGUGUUGCAAGACCAGCAGUUAGAGCUCUUUUCAGGUUAAUUUAGCUGAAGGUUCUGCAUGGACUAACAAGCAAACAAUAUUGAGUAAAGUACUUGCGAGCAGCACUUAAGAGGACUUUUUAAGUCUUCCCUCUUUGUUUGGGUGCUUGUGACUUUAAAGCUGGGAAAUACUUCUGAUUCGAAGUGACAAUUCCCAGAGCAUGGAGAGGUGUGUGAGAACACGGUGAGCUCUCUCAGUCAGCAUUUACAUUUUUAUAGUAAUAUAGUUCCUAAGCACUUGUCAGAAUGCGUGACUGACUGUUGUAUCUCCCAUUGAUCCUCUGUGUCCUAGCCAUCUCUCUAUAAAAGGAUAUUUCUUCAUUAAGACCAUUUUAAUAACUUAUUUCAGGAAUAGAAAUCAAAUUUAAUUGGGCCUCAUUUGAAUGCAUGUUUAAUUUCUACAUAAUUCAUGCCACAUGGUAGUUCUGUAUUGAAAUGUUUCUCACUGCAGUCGGUUGGUGUGCUUAGACUAAAAGUGACAGGGAAGGGUCUUUGGCUCUGGAGAUGUGCUUAGGAGCUGUGGUGAAUUACAUUGCCUCUCAGGAGGGUCAUGAAUUGGCUCAGGACUUCCUCUGGGUGAUCUCCGUCAUGCUAAAGCUGUGUAAGCCAGAGCACUGGGGAAGCUGGUGGCAGAGCUGACACUUCGAUUUCAGACCAGAAGACAGCAUAACAUGCUAGAGGCUUGAAAACAGGCUCAAAGCGAUAAAUGCAGCUGUAACUAGCUGUUGGGUUUGAAAGUCCAAGACAAAUCUGCUAUUGAAGUUCAAAGUUCAUUUUGGUGGUUUUGAGUUGGUGACCUAUCAAAAUAAUUUAAAACCCCCAUGUAUCCAGUUAGUCAACAUUCUGCUUUGGUUGACCAGUACUUUUACAAGCGUGCCUAGCAGCAACGGCGCAAUUAGGAAAAGAGAGCCAGUUGCCUAAAUCCAGUUCAUUUUGUGGUUGUUGGAGAUGCAGUUGGGCUUGGCUGUUGGAGGUCCUGCUGGUUCUCCUGAGGAGGGUCUUUCGUGGUGCAGGGGUGGCCAGUUUGUGCUGUGUUGAGACACUGUUGGGAACUUUUGCUUUCCCCGAAUGCAAAAGAGAGUCUGCCUGGCAGGGUUCUGUCUCGGAGCUUCCAGGAUUUGUAUGUAAACCUCAGGGCUCUCCAGAAUUUUAGGUUUCAGAAGGAGAAAGGGGAACAGCAAUAAAGUAGGAAAUCAGAAAAAAUAAUGUCUUUCAAUUUAAAGUGAGAUGAGCAACUGUAGAGCCUGUGGAAGGCAGUUGGUUCUGGCUAAGACAGAUAUUGGACAUCAUAAACUUAAUUGUGUGGAAAAACUACUUAGUGUUCUCUAGGGAUCACAAGCACAUGAUUGUGCUUUUAAAGGGUUGAUGUAUUUAAGCUUACAGGAACUGGAACUUCAGUGAGUCUAGAAAAAUAGAUGGAAGCUUUAGAUAACACCAUUAUAACAACAUUAUUGCUGCACUACUUGUCACUACCAUCCCAAAUAAAAACAAAUGAGCUCUCUUCAUUCUCCCUCUCUGAGCUACAGUGUCAGUGUUGCCGUUGGAAUUGCACUCUCGGCUGUAAGUGCGAUGCAUUUGUCGGGAUUACUAAUUUAGUGUGAGGUUCUGGAAAAAAAGUACAAAUAAAAAUGAGUAGACAAGAGAAAAAAGAGAACAGGAGGAAAGAUGAAGAGCUAAAAAGGUAUUUGAGCCCUUGAGUAUAGGAAUUGGUAACAGCACGUUGGCUUAUGUAUAAAGAUUUAAGUUGAUGGGGUGGAAGUAGAUGGAGGAGAGAGAAAUCCCACAGCUGGGGAAGACUCUCCUUGGAUAUUACUAUGGAUGCAAUAUGUGGCUGAAUGGAGGAGGGAAACCUUUGCAGAAAUAGAAAAAGCUCUGGAGGUGUCUGCCAAAAGUUAAGAGCUCUUCCUUCACCCCCCCGGCAGCUCUGUGAGCCCACCUCUGCCGUAUGGCUUCAGGUUUGGAUCCAGCCGCUUUCAAUUCCUGAACUCCUUUAUAGUCAGUGCCUGGGUGAUGAGCUGCUUAAUAGCAGCGUUGCUGUCAGUGCAGUCAGGCAAUGCUCACGUCUGCUGUAGUAAGCACAAGGAGAGUUUCAGCCUGCGUUUGAGAGAAAACCAGACACAGUCUAUUUGCUGUUCCCAGACGUGGCGGCUGCACACAGCUGUGGGGAUGCUGAGCUGGCUGCGUGCAGGCAAGCUUGGGAACAGCGUACGGACGGGGCUGUGCUUUACUUGAGGAGUGAACACCACAGCAGAAUGUUUGAAUAGAUUUUGAACUGGCUUCUGAAAGUGUUCACACAGGAGGUUUUAAUGCUGAUGUUUGUCUUCCUCCAAAUUUUGUACCUCAAUCACCAAGCUGUUUACUUAGGAAGCCUGCUGAGCAUUUGUUUGCACCUUGAGUGCUUGUUGUGCCAGCAGAGCCAUGAGGCAAACUUUGUCUGAAAGCCUUGUGCCUUUUCUUCUCCACAGAAACCAAGCUACAAUUCCACAGUCCCUGUUUCUCUUCCUUUCUUUCCCAGCCCUCCCUCAUUUUUUUGGCUUGAAAGCCUGUUGGCCUUGGUGCUGUUCUUUCCCUGGUGCUCUGAGAAAGGCAGAAGAGAAAUCCUUUAUUUCACCCGAGUACUAGAAAAUGUGCCUUGACUGUGAAUACAGAUCUGCCCUUCUCUGGCCUGUGCCAACAGCGCUGGCUCAGGUUGACCGUGAGAAGAUCUACCAGUGGAUCAAUGAGCUCUCCAGCCCUGAGACACGGGAGAAUGCGCUGCUGGAGCUGAGCAAGAAGCGCGAGUCUGUGCCUGACCUUGCCCCGAUGCUGUGGCACUCCUUUGGCACCAUCGCAGCGCUCCUUCAGGAAAUUGUAAAUAUUUAUCCAUCAAUCAACCCUCCGACUCUGACAGCUCAUCAGUCCAACAGAGUCUGCAAUGCUUUAGCUCUGCUACAGUGUGUUGCAUCGCAUCCUGAAACAAGGUCAGCUUUUCUGGCAGCUCAUAUCCCUCUCUUCCUGUACCCCUUCUUGCACACAGUGAGCAAGACACGUCCGUUUGAGUACCUGCGGCUCACGAGCCUCGGAGUGAUUGGGGCCUUGGUAAAAACUGAUGAACAAGAAGUGAUAAAUUUCUUACUGACCACAGAAAUUAUCCCCCUGUGCUUGCGCAUUAUGGAAUCUGGCAGUGAACUCUCCAAAACGGUUGCUACGUUUAUUCUUCAGAAAAUCCUCCUGGAUGACACAGGGCUGGCAUAUAUCUGUCAGACUUACGAGCGGUUUUCCCAUGUUGCCAUGAUACUGGGUAAAAUGGUCCUGCAGCUCUCCAAGGAGCCGUCGGCACGGCUACUGAAACACGUUGUGCGCUGCUACCUUCGCCUUUCCGAUAACCCCAGGGCACGUGAAGCUCUCAGGCAGUGCCUUCCUGACCAACUGAAGGACACCACCUUCGCCCAGGUCCUGAAGGACGAUACCACCACCAAACGCUGGCUGGCUCAGCUCGUCAAGAACCUGCAGGAGGGUCAAGUCACUGACCCACGGGGCAUCCCGCUUCCUCCGCAAUGACUGCUGGGGGAGGUGGGGGACCGGGGAAGAAAUAGCUCAGGUUUACAAAGAACCAGGCACAGGUAGCAACAAAGCGGGCACGCCAGCCUGCUGCCAGCCUGUCGGACCAUCCCACCCAGCCAAAGGGCUGCUCUGUAGCAGCGCAGCACGCCUCCGGGGAUCACACCACCAGCAAAUGCUGAUGCUACAGCUUCAGAAACCCAGAAACAAAUCAAUCAAACCCAUCUGUAAGGAUCCCCGCCUCCCCGGGAGGCUUGGCUGGCAUCUCUCCUCCCACUGCCAGGCAGGGGGUAGUGCAGAUGUCCACUCUUCCACCUAGCUCAGCCUCCUCCCAGGCGGUGUGUGUGACACGGGGGUGUGCGCCACGUCCCUCCAGGUCUUGUCACUUCUUGUUUACAUGUCUGUUUAGAUGAGUGAGCUGAAUAAAAGCAGAUCCAGUUGUUCUAUUCCCUCUUAAGACUGCUACUCGGCUGCAGGUAGCCCAGGGACAGCUUUCUUCCUUGCCAGCACAUCCUUGUUCCUGGCUCUGCACCUGGCUGGCACAGUGAGCUUCUCUCUUCCAUUUCUUUGGCAGGGAGGCAGUGGCUGGAGCUGGGCCACCACGUUGCUUGCCCCAGGAGGAGGGGUGGAUUACUUGUGGUGAACCCACACGUCAUAAGCUUGCUGCCCAGGGCUCUAGGGGAGGAGAAGACAGCAGGACUGCGGUGCUUGUGCUGUAAAUAGUACACUCCUGCAGCUAACCAGCGGCCAGGGCUGAUGGCUGCUGGCCUCUCAUCUAGCCCAGCUCUUGCCCAGCUGGGCUGCUGUCUGGCUUGUCAAACGGAGCCCAGUGUAGGGAACCUGCCUUGUGGCCGGUCAGCUGAUGAACCCUGCCGCAGAACAGCUGGGAGCAACACCCUGCAGGCUCCAGGUAUGGCAGCUUCCGCACGAGGCGCCUGUCAGUCCUGCUCCCCUCCUUUUCCCCCUUCCUGCAGCUCCUCUCUGCCAACUGGGUGCAUCCAUUUCAGCUUUCAAACCUGCCUUGGCAUCUGCCUCGGCCCCACCGCAAUUAAACUGGACCUGCAGCCGCGUACCUGCCUUCCCUGCGCUGAGGCGGUGGUGUGGCUGCGGUUGGGCUCUCGGAAGCAGCCAAGGAGCUCCCGGGCUCUGCCGCAGCGGAGCCUGUCGUGGCUGCAGGCGAGCCUCGGCAGCUACUUGAUUUCUCCCCCCUCUGCCAGUAGCCCAUUUUGCUGAUCAUCUGCGGUGUUGUGCCAACAGUGUCUUAAAUCCCAUCUCGUUUCCCUCCCUCUCUCCUCCCCUUCCAGCCUUGCAUAACAAGGGCAGAGCAUGGCCUCUUCCUUGCCCCCGGGGUCCCGUUUUAUAAUCCUCACCUUCUUUUCCCUCCCCUCCACCCUGACCUUCACAGGGUGUGAAAAUGCUUCUGUUCGGUGGUUUUGGGGUUUUUGUUUUGUUUUGUUUCUUUUCUAAAUUCGGAUUAAUAAAUAAUAAAACCAAAAGCUA